AUGGAGGAUUCUAAGGUCGAAGAACACAAAGAGAGUUUUGUACCUAGCGCGUGUAGUGGAGCUAAUGCAUGUAGGGAAUUAGCUUUGGAUUAUUCACAUGAAUUUACCACCCAUGAGGAUUUUGCAACAAGGGACAAUUUAGUCACAUGGGUGCGCGAAGUUGGUAUGCGACUAGGAAUGAUAAUGACAGUAAAGUUUUCAAACCCGGGAAAAAAUAGACGUAGAAGGCCCUACGUGGUACUUGUAUGCGAGCGUGCGGGAGUGUAUCGUGGUAAAAAGGUACCCGGUCAAGACGACAAAGGAAAGGGAAAAAGGCAAACAUCGUCAAAGAAAUGUGAGUGUCCGUUUGAGUUGAAGGGCCAAAAAAUGGGCAUGGAUGAUGAAGAAGUUGGGUGGGUGUUGACAGUUGAAUGUGGUAGUCACAAUCACUCAGAUUUUGAAAACUUUCAAGGCCACUCAUAUGCUGGAAGAUUAACAAGUGAAGAGAUGGCACUUGUAGAAGACUUGUCAAACGCAUUGGUGAAACCAAAGGCAAUCUUAUCAUCACUAAAGUUGAAGAAUCCGACAAAUGCGUCUUUAAUAAAGACGGUUUACAAUGCUCGUUUGAAGAUCCAGUUCAAAGAGAAUGCUGGUAGAACUCAAAUGCAAUUGUUGAUGUUGAAGUUGUCCGAAAAUAACUACUUCGAGUAUCACAGAUAUUUGGAGGAGACUGGCGAGUGGAAAGAUUUUGAGUCAGAAUGGGCAAGUCUUGUUGGUCAAGAGACAGAAGAGUCAUUUCAUAAAGAAUGGGAUGUUAUGAAAACAAAUUUUUUUGACUACCCGGAUGCUUUAACUUAUGUCUCUCAUUCGUGGUUGGAUCCGUACAAAGAGAUGAUUGUCUCGGCUUGGACAAACAAACAUAGGCAUCUUGGAACGUACACUUCUAACCGGGUAGAGGGUGCACACUCACGAAUGAAGAAAGAGUUGGGAAAUAGUAUGGGCACAUUUGUAAUGAUUUGGGCUCAUAUUGACAACCUACUGAUGCAUCAACAUACGGAAAUCAAAGCCUCGUUUGAGAAGAGCAAGAAUACUUACCAACACAGUUACAAAGUAACGAUAUACAACGAACUUCGAGGAUGUGUGUCGUUGUACUCUCUUGAGCAACUCAAACUUGAGGUGAAAAAAUCACUUGAGUUGUUUCUGAACGAGUUUAUGUCUUGUAUUUGCGAUAUCCGAACCACUCAUGGAUUACCUUGCGCCCACGAACUUCAUGGUAACGUCAUAAAUCGCACUCCCAUCUCAUUGGACUGGAUAGACCCGUAUUGGAAGCACUUGAGCAUGGAGCCAAUGAUUUGUACAAAGGAUGAACAUCUCCCGACUGAUGCGGAAGAAAUGGAAGCAUGGCGGGCUGUUUUCGAUCAGUCCGACGCAAAUAAAAGGGUUCAUUUGCUUAUGAAAUUGCGGGAGAUUACUCACCCCGAGAGUAACUCUCUCAUUGAGCCAAUGCAAAAUGUUGUUACCAAAGGUCGUCCCGGAAAAAAAUUGUGUAUUGAUAAAUCAACCCGACGCAACCCAUCCAAAUUUGAGUACGAGCUUCAUUCAAGCAAAGAUAGUUGUUCCCCAAAGAUUAUGACUCCUGAGAGUUGCAUUCCUAUUUCUGGUAUCCAAAAGCAACGUGAACAGCUUAUGCCGCAGCCGAUCACUGUAUCAAUGGUAACCGACAUCUUCAAUCGAAGCACCGGUAAAUCGACGGUGUUGGAAAAACUACCGGUAAUAUAUCAGUAA